GGAUACAACACGAGGACAGAGUACGAGACCACCGGAUAAAGAAAAAAGAGUCUUACAGAGGUUUGAAUUCCCAGAACCCACCCAGCUGCUCCACAGGACUAAGAUAGUUGGCGGGUAAAGGAAGGAACAUACCACUGAAGCAGACAGAUCUGAAAUGUGACAAGUGCUCUUACACAACAUGUGCACACUUUAGCCAGUAGUGCCUCAUUCCAGUGUGAAACUGCUGAUUAGAGCCAUGCCAUUCUCACGAAGCUUCCUGUCUGAAGAGCAGCUGCUGUGCUCCAUCUGCUUAGACGUGUUUAACAAUCCAGUGUCCACGCCAUGUGGCCACAGCUUCUGCAUGACCUGCAUCGGCCACUACUGGGACUCAGUGAAGCACUGCCAGUGCCCCCUCUGCAAGCAGACCUUCAAGAGAAAGCCCGAUCUCCACAUUAAUCGAACUCUCCGUGAGAUCAUCGAACAGUUCAAGCACAUGAAGGAAAACCUGGGGGCCUCUGGAGGGGACGGGGCAGGUAGAGAAGCUGAGGAAGGCGUAAGAAAACAAGACUCAGUGGAUGGGACAGUAAGGCCAGGCCAACUACCAGGUUAUCUUCUUGAGGAAAUGAAGCAGAGACUCACCCGGCACAGAGCAUACAGCAUUUCUCUGGCCUCUCACAAUGAAACAGGGUCUGAACUACCUGUCACACCAAACACUGAGAGUACUUGUGACACCCAGCCACCUGGUUUUGCCAGACAGGUGUCCCUGCGAAGGUAUACCCUGAGUGGGGCGGCAGAUGCCAUGAAAGUGCCCCUUUGUCCAAAACAUCACCGUAACCUGGAGCUGUUCUGUCGAUCUGAUCUGGAGUGUGUUUGUGUUGAGUGUGGACAAACGGAACACCAGUCACAUGACAUCACAUGUGCCGAGAAAGAGUGGCAGAGUCAUAAGAUGAAGAUUGGUAUCACAGAGACUGAGAUACAGGAGAUGACCAAAGAGAGGAUGCAGAAAGUGGACGAGAUCAAACAAUCACUAGAUGAUAUGAAAAUGUUGUCAGAGCAUGAGGUGCAGCGCAGCAUGCAGCUGUUUGGAGCUUUGAUAAGCUCUCUCGAGCGCAGUCAGGCCGGGCUGCUGGAAGUGACUGAGAUAAACCGUCGCUCAGCAGAGCACCAGGCUGAGCUCAUGAUCAGAGAGCUGGAGCAGGAGAUCACAGAGCUGAGGAGGAGAAGCACAGCGCUGGCUAAACUGGCCCAGACUGAAAAUUACAUCACUGGACUGAAGAUGUUGUCAGAGCAUGAGGUGCAGCGCAGCAUGCAGCUGUUUGGAGCUUUGAUAAGCUCUCUCGAGCGCAGUCAGGCCGGGCUGCUGGAAGUGACUGAGAUAAACCGUCGCUCAGCAGAGCACCAGGCUGAGCUCAUGAUCAGAGAGCUGGAGCAGGAGAUCACAGAGCUGAGGAGGAGAAGCACAGCGCUGGCUAAACUGGCCCAGACUGAAAAUUACAUCACUGGACUGAAGGGCUACUCUGACGUCAGCACUCCCAUGUCGAUGAAAGACUGGACGGGCGUCUCACUGACCUGUGAUCUUGGAACUAAAGCAGUUUACAGCUCUGUCUGUCAGCUAGUGGAACAGUUUAAGGAGGAGCUUCAGAAAGUACCUGCAGUCUGCCUCUCUGUGUCUGCUAGCCAAUCACUGGUGAAGUCACACCCAAAAGUGAAGAGAAUACAGGAAUAUGCAGACCGUGUAGUCUGUGUCCUGGGCUGCGAGGGAUUCACCAGUGGCCGACACUACUGGGAGGUGGAGGUGGAUGGAAAGACUGACUGGGACCUGGGAGUGGCGAGUCAUUCCUGCAACAGGAAGGGUAAGAUCACAGUCAGCCCCAGCAACGGCUACUGGUUUCUUAGCUUGCGGGACAAGAACAACUAUGCCUUCAGGACUCAGCCUUCCACUGCCCUACCCCUCAGACUGAGACCUCAGAAGAUAGGGCUGUUUGUGGACUACGAAAAAGGCCAGUUGUCCUUUUAUAAUGUGGACGCUAAGAUGCACAUUUACACAUUUAUGGACAACUUUUCGGAGACCAUUUAUCCAUUUUUCAGUCCCUGUACCAAUAAAACAGGCACAAAUGAUGCUCCGCUGGUGAUCACGCCUGUCCUUCUGGAUUGAACAGUGAAAUGGAAACUUUUUAUGAGCAAACAUAUGAUUCAAAAUGUUGUUUACGUUCAUUUUUUUUGCCUUGUACAGUAAAUGAUUUAUCUGCUGCCACAUUGGCACUUCAUUUUCAUUGAUAACAUAAAGAGCUUGGAUCACUAGGAUGAUCAUACUUCCAGGUUUUAGCUUGCUGUCUACAGUCCUCAUACAUUAUAUGUACAAUGCCUGCAUGCUACUGGUUAAACUUCCUUUCAGUCAUUACCGUCAGCAAAUAUGAAAACAAUAAGAAAACAAAGCCAAAUCCCCAAAAUUUUUAGGCAAUUUAGAAAUCCUGCAUGGCCAGGACAUGUCCAGGAAAAAAAAGGGGACUUGGUAACUCUACUUUCAGUGCUCAAAGUCUUUUUAUACCAACAAAAAUGCUAAUUUACCUCAACAGGAGUUUUUAAUUAAUCUUCUCUUCAGGAAGGAAAGACUAAAAUAAUACAGUAGGCUAUAUGUUUCUUAAACAAGAAUGCACUCCAAUCCACUAAACAAUGAAUAGCCAUACUUUUCAGGCAUUAAAGAGAAAAUGAAUACUUUAAUACAAGAUGAAUAUUAGUAAAUUCAUGUUGUUUCGUUUGUAAAAUUGCUUCAUCCACUGUUGCAGGCCUAUACAGUUAAUUUGGUCUGUUUCGAAAUGUAGCCUAAUUCUCACACA